GCGAUCGCGACAGCACACCCAAACUCAUGUCAGGACCGUCUGUUGCCAAGUGCGUGCGCGCAGAAGUCGACUUCAGCUAUUUUGGUGGGGCAGAAUCCUUAGCAGAAGGACGGCAAAAGCGUGCACCUCGUCGCACAGUCGUAGUAUCGCCAACGGAGAAAGAUGACGGACAUUCAUAUCCAGCACCACCACAGGACCCUACCGACUUUCUCUGGCUCAUGACAGAGGAGCCUCAUCGUACGCGCCGCAUGGCAAUCAUGAAGGCUCAUCCAGAGGUCACCAAGCUGAUGGGCCACGAACCUCUCACGAAAUUCGUCGUCCUUGCUGUCGUUAUGCUUCAAGUCUCAAUUGCCAUAUACCUCCGGAACGCACACCCGCUCUCUUUUUCGUUUCUACUUCUCGCUUACGCUGUCGGCGGCACCGCUAACCAUAACCUCUUCCUCGCCAUCCAUGAGAUCACUCAUAAUCUCGCCUUUAAAGGUGUCAACGCCAACAAAGCACUAGCUGUCUUUGCAAACCUACCUAUCGGGAUUCCGUAUUCUGCUGCAUUCAAGAAAUAUCACAUUGAACACCAUAAACAUCUUGGUGAAGAUGGAGUAGACACUGACCUUCCAACAAGAUUGGAGCUGCUUUGCUUGAACAACGUUCUUGGCAAAACGUUCUUCGCCACGUUCCAGAUAUUCUUUUACGCACUACGACCUGGAUUCGUUCGCGUGCAGACGCCUACGAAAUGGCAUCUGAUCAACUUGGUCAUCCAGAUCGUAUUUGAUUAUAUCCUGAUUCGCACAUUUGGGGUUCGGCCGUUCCUCUACCUCCUAUUUUCAAGCUUCUUCGCAGGAAGUUUGCAUCCCUGUGCUGGCCACUUCAUAGCAGAGCACUAUCUGUGGGACGGGCUUGAGCAAGAAACGUACAGCUAUUAUGGGAUCUUGAACAUAUUUGCAUACAAUGUUGGCUACCACAACGAGCACCAUGACUUCCCAUCUGUGCCAUGGACACGUCUCCCUGCGCUCCGUGCUCUUGCUCCAGAAUUUUACGACGUCCUCCCUUCACAUCCAAGCUGGCCGAUGGUAAUCAUCAACUUCAUCCGUGAUAGCGAGGUUGGUAUGUUUGCUCGUGGUAAGAGGCUUGGUAAGGGCGAUAGCACUAGUGCUGGUGCAGCGCGAGAAAAGGAGGUGGUCGGUGGAUAAGAAGCACAUACAGCCACAUGAUAUAUGAUAGUUGUGGGAAGAGACGAUGGACAAUAGUUCUCUCUGAUAUCUUGAUUAAUCGGACUCUGUCCUGUAGGUACAUACUUAGAUACAACCAGGAAAGUAUCAUUCUACAAAUUGACUAGUCAUGGUGGCGGGGACUUGCACCAUU